AGAUCAACCUUAGAUGCAACGUGGUCUUCAGGGAGCUGGUGGCCGCCUUGCGCUGCAGGUGGAUGUGGUGGAGGUGACUUCCUCACACGCAUCAGCUCCUGAACGCAGAUGUGGCUGGCUCUCCCAUUUGGAGUCUGAAGCCUGUGGGGAGGGACCCAAAUGGGUUUGGUUUUCUUUAGAUCACAGCAAUACUCUGGGGGUCCGACUUUCCGAGGAUCCAGACAACUCGCUACCGUCCGCGAGCCCUGCCAGGCUGCUUCUAGAACCUUCAUACCAGGCUGCUGGCCACCACCUCACUGGCCCUGCUCAGGGGACAAUGGCAUCGGCGCCUUCCAUUGGAUGCCUCUGGCCCCAAACCAGUAUUAUCGAAAAUCCGGUGUUUCUUCAGGCGCCUCUCUAACUGGCUCUGAUUCUGUUCACUUCGUAGAUGAUGACAAAUCCCAGCGAGGGUUACCUGAAGUGGCAGAAUCCACCUGGUGGUUUAAAUCCUUUUUCCAGUCUGAACAGGCAGAGAAGACCAGUUUGCUUGUGGGAACAAAUAACAAUUAUCUACUCCAAUAUAAGGAAUCACAGCUCCUCGGGGAAAUGGCUGAUCCCAGGACAGCAUAAACGUUACCACAAGUUUGGUAGCUAAAGCAACACCAACUCAGGACGUCCCAGUUUUCUGGGGCAGGGGUCUCGGCAGCAGGUCCAGUGUCAGGGUCUCACAGGUGGGCCGUCCGCACUUCUGGAAUCCUCCAAGCUGAUGGAGACGCUUGGCAGAACCAGGCUCCUGUGGCUACAGCACGGCGGGGCCCCGUCCUGAAGCCACCUGUAGGCUGCGGCUCCAUUUCCUGGUCCCUGGCUCCCGACAGCCCGUGAGCCUCACCCGCUUUGGGCCCCGUGCUCUGCGCCCCGGGCGAGCGGACACAAGAGUCCUCACUCAGUCCUGCCCUCAUCACAACAAGGCCCUGGUCCCGGCUGUCUGAGGCUCUUUCCCACCAGCUGGGGACGCUUGUCCCGUUGAGAAAGGCUCUUGAUGACCAAAGGCUCGAUGACUUGGGUGACUGAUAAACCUUUUCCUACCCUCGUGGUGGCUGAUGGGGGCUCAUCCUACUGGUCCAGGUGGUGGCAGAGGGCGCCGUUAGCAGGUUGCUGAGUCAAUGACCACUGCUGGUUUUUUCUGAUCCUGCUUUGGCAGCGGACAGGCUCUGCCGUCUGAAGUGGUUUGUGCCUUGAGCGGGCGGUGCUGCGUUGGUCCAGCCCUUCCAGACCCCUAUCGUGGCUUUAGCCCACUUAUGUUGGGGGUUCAGUAAUUCACUGGGAUUUAGGGACAGAAGUAUGGAACCAGGACCCUCCUCCCAGAAGCCCUGGGUCACGUCUCCUGGUCUAGAACUGUCUGUGUGUCUGUGAUGCUUGACUUCACGUGCAGUUUGACUGGGAUGUGGGGUAGUUUGCGGUUACACGUUAUUUGGUCAAACAUUAUUCUGGUUGAUCCGUGAGGGUGUUUCUGGAUGAGAUGAACAUUUUAAUUGAUAGACUGAGUAAAGCAUUCGCCUCUCCCCCAUGCGUGUGGCCUCACCUAACACACUGAGGGCCUGAGUGGAACAGAGGACCGAGGAAGAAAGAAUCCUCUCCCCUCCUGCCCUGACCUCAGACGCUGGUCUUUUCCUGCCUUCAGACUCUGAUUCACAUGGGAAUGUAUGCCGUAGCCUCUGGGGCCUCCAGCCGACCCACCUGCAGGUCCUGGGACUUCUCAGCCUCCAUAUUCAGGGGGCCAGUUCCUUAUUAUAAGGAAAUAGAUGUUAAAAAUCCUUUGCUGCUUCUUUUUUUUUUUUUUUUUGGCUGCGUUGGGUCUUAGCUGAGACACGCAGGAUGUUCGUUGAGGCAUGUGGGAUCUUUCCAUUG